AGUCCACAAGAAGUCAGCUUAAAGAAGUCAGCAAGUAUAAAAAUAUAACCUCAAUUUCGCUUGAUCCCAAUUCGGCUAGCGCUCACCCGUCGAUCCAAAUCAGGGGCAAGCCAAGCUCCGACGCGUUUCCCUGCACCGCUCACCACAAUGUCUCACUUUCGAGAAGCUCACCAUGCUCGAAACAAAAGAAUCCGAUGCUCGCAAUCCCAGACGACGGCGGCGCCAUGCCCAUACAUCGAGCCCGAAUCUUUCGCCGUCUGCUCUUCGCCGUGAUUGCUAGCAUCCUCCUCUACAUCCUCAUUGCAUACGAACCUGUCAAUCUCCCCGCCCUCGCUUUUGCACCCUCUUCUCCUCAUCAGACGGUUUACAAUCGACGUCCGGUGUACGAAUACACAUCUCUAUACCGUGUCAAAGCAAAUAUAAGCUUUGAAGAAAGGCUGGAGGAACAGCUUGUCAAUCUUGAGAGUGAGAUUCGAAGCAAGGCAGAAAAGGAGAGGGACCUCACUGCAAAAAAGAGAAUAUGGCAGAUCACUACGCCGGAAUUGGCUGACGUGUGGAAGUCUUGGACAGCACAAUGGAGAGAUAACAACGCUGGUUGGGAAUAUAAACUCUAUACCUCUCCGCCCACGGACCUGCUGCCAUUGUUCGACUCAGUCCCAGAAAUAGCAGAAGCAAAUCAGACAUUCCUUAGUAUACGAGAAGAUUUGACGCGGUAUCUGAUCCUCUGGUAUCAUGGCGGAUUCUGGACAGCUAUCGAUACGUGGGAUAGGGUUGCAAUGCGGGAUUGCAAUCCCGUUGUUCAGGUUGUGGAGGGCAGGAAUGAUGUCAGUUUGAUGAUAGGAGUCGACAACGAUGAGCCAUAUUUGAGUUCGGGAUCAUUGAAACAGUGGGGUUGGACGAGAGGGUUUGGUUUUGGCCAGGCAGUCGUGUGGGCACCGAAGAGGUUCGAUCCGAUUUUGAGGAAGGCAAUCGUGAGGACGAUUAGCCAUGCUAUGAGGCAAUUGUCGAAGAUUGGUGGCAAGGUCGACUACUCUGGCGAGUUGAGUGGUGCAAGCAUGUUCACGGAUAUUGUGUUGGAGACAUUGAGUACACAUCUUGCGAGGGAUCAUAGAUUGCGGGACCGUGAUGCAGGACUCGAGAAAAGAGUGACGUGGAAGAAAUUCAAACACUUGACAGAAGUGCUCUGGUUGGAGAAGGAGAAGCCCGAGAGUGAUAUGCCUGGUGUGGCAGUUCUACCAGUUAAUGUUUGGGGAAGCGGACAGAGCCAUAGUAGGUCUGGCCCAUCCGAGUCAGACGAUGCUUGUGUAAAUCACGUUCACGGUUGGAGACCA